CAUUAUGAUGGUGAUGUGAGCAGCGCACCUUUCCACGUCAGGAACGAGGAAGACGCAGCUUCCCAUUCGUGUGUCACAGUGAACUCCGUGUGUGUUUGUGUAUGUGUGUGUUUGUGUGUGAGAGUGUGAGAGAGUGUUAGAGCCGCUCCUGUCCGCUCCAUGUCCGCCCUGUGAGACCUGCUCCGUCCGGGUACAAGUUUGCUGAUUCACCGGACACCCGGUGGGAUGAAUGAGGAAUGAGUUUUAUCACCAACUGGAGACGAAGCGUGAAGAGAAGCGACGGCAAGAAGGAUGCUGUACUGUCACAAGAUGUACAUGACAGCCCGGACUCCCCAAGCCGGUUGUCAGUCAUAAACAGUCCGGAAUUGGAUCCUAUCAUCACAGACUUCAGGUUACAGCUACCUGGAGACAAAGAUGGUCUGGAAUCAACAACUCCGUCGAACGGGUGCUCGAGGUCAGACCUGUCGCUGGCUCUGGAGGACUGCAUGGCUGCCCUGGAUCUGUUCCUCAAGAACCACUUUGAGGAGGCGCAGGCCCGGCUCAGAUGCAGAACCAAAGACAGCAUGUAUCACGCUCUGACCUACGCCACCAUCCUGGAGAUGCAGGCCAUGAUGACCUUUGAUCCCCAUCACAUCCUGGCUGCAGGGAACACCAUGAAGGAGGCCCAGGCCAUCUGUCAGCGGCACCGCAAGAGGUCAAGCUUCUCCAAAAACACCACAGAAGAGGAGCUCCAUGCCGAGGUCUGCUAUGCUGAGUGCCUCCUGCAGAGGGCAGCGCUCACCUUCCUCCAGGACGAAAACAUGAUUAGUUUCAUCAAAGGGGGAAUCAAAGUGAGGAACAGCUACCAGACGUACAAAGAGCUUCACACAGUCCUCCAGUCCCCUGGAUACACUCAUGGAGACAACCACGGCCAUUUUGAAGGUGGUGUUAAACUGGGAAUAGGAGCCUUUAAUCUAAUGAUUUCCAUGUUGCCCACGCGGACACUCAAGCUGCUGGAGUUUGUCGGAUUCUCUGGCAAUAAGGAGUUUGGCCUUCAGCAGCUUCAGGAGGGCUCUGCAGAAAGCACAUUCAGGUCUUUCCUAUGUAACAUGCUGCUGCUCUGUUAUCACACCUUCAUGAGUUUCAUACUAGGCACCGGAGAGGGAGACGUCGAAGAUGCGGAGAAACUGCUGCAGCCAUAUCUCAAAAAAUAUCCUAAGGGAUCCAUCUUCUUGUUCUUCGCUGGUCGAAUAGAGGAGAUCAAAGGCAACUUGGAUGCUGCUAUCACCCGUUUUGAGGAGUGCUGCGAGGCCCAGCAGCAGUGGAAGCAGUUCCACCACAUGUGUUACUGGGAGCUGAUGUGGUGCUUCACAUACAAGAGGCACUGGAAGAUGGCCUACUUCUAUGCUGACCUGCUCAGCAAAGAGAACUCCUGGUCCAAGGCUACCUAUGCGUAUAUGAAAGGAGCCUACCUCAGCAUGCUGACUGCAGAUGAUUGCCUAACCUUCGGGGAAACUGCGUUCACUCUGUUCAGGCAGGUCCCAGGGCUGAAGCAGAAGAUAGCAGGAAAAUCCUUACCAACGGAGAAGUUUGCCAUCAGGAAAGCCCGUCGCUACCUUUCGGAGAGCCCCAUUCCUCUUCCUGCUCCUCCACUGGAGAUGAUGUACAUCUGGAACGGCUACACAGUCAUUGGCAAACACAAAGACCUGACUGAGGACAUGCUGAAAACACUGGAUGAGGCUCAGGCUAAACUCGAUAGCAGCCCAAGGACUGAGUUCUCCAUAGAUGAUCAGUGUCUGCUGAGCCUCUUGAAGGGACUCUGUCUCAAACACCUGGGGCAUCGAGAGGAGGCCGAACACUACUUUACCCUCGUCCUCUGCAAUGAGACUCAGAUCAAGUAUGACCACUACCUGGUUCCUAAUGCCCUGCUGGAGCACGGCCUGUUGUGUUUGGAACAAGGCAGACAUGAUGAAGCUAUCAAACUCCUAGAAUCAGCAAAGCAAAAUUACAAAAACUACUCGAUGGAAUCACGGACACACUUCCGUAUUCAGGCUGCUUUGCACAAGGCCAAGGACAUAGGGGAGAAUGGCACCCAUGUUCCCUCCAGCCCAUAACAGACAGAGGAGGGCACAGUAGAGCUGAGACAGCCAUGUCUCUCUGCAAUCCCACAAUCCAGCACUCAGCCUCGCCCAGCUCCACCUAUUCGGGUGGAUGAUGUGUUUUGUUUUGUUUUUUUUCAUCAGGAAGGUAGAGGAAGAUGGAUUCCGAUUUUUCUCAUUUGUGCCUCCCUGCCGGGCAACUGCAGCUCUAUGUGGCCCUCACUGUCUUAGACAGGUUUUCUGCUCCCUCUUUAAGAGUCAUAUUAUAACGAACUUUACCUCCUUGUGUGAUUUGAAAUAGAGACAAAUUGAGAAAUGUGCCUAUAUUUAUGAAACAUUGCUUCUAGCAGGCUUUUUUGUCUAGCACUGUGGCCACCUAUAAGGGGCGCACUAGGGUAGAAAACUAAGGUCACAUUUAUGUAGUACAUACUGCAGCUUACCUCCACUUCUACCCCAGGAUGAAAAUGUGCCCAAUUCAGGGUAGCAGGGCUGGAUCUGAUGGAGCCAGAGUGCCAAACAGCCCCCAUUUAUCACCCCACCCGGCCAGCAGCACCAUGUGACCGGUUUACUAAAAAGCUUCCCCCACUUGUUCUAAUAAAAUGUAAAUGAAAUGUUAUUGAUAAAAUGACAUGAGUAGAUUGGGGAUGACACAUAUUUAUGUGUUGACAUAGUUUGACAUCAGGUUCAUAUAUCACACAAUUCAACACUUGGUCCAUAAGCACUAUGAAACAGUUUUGUUCUGUGUCAUUUGAUAUACUGUAUUUUGAUUGACAGGUUUUUACCAUUGUUUAGCUUUUUGUUCAAAACUAAUAUGACCUAAUCGGGAUCAAUUCUGUAUAAUUGGAUUCAGUUUUACACUACUUAAGAUUUGGUUCAUUGUGUUUUCGGUGUGAGUGAACGUUUUAUUGUUUACUUUUAACUUUGGUUCCUUUCCUUGAAACUUACUGAAAGAUUUAAAGACACAGUUUUGUACAUGUGUACUUCUUUUUUCUGUCACAUUCUGAAGAAAUGAUCAUUCAUGUUUAUAGUUACAUGUAAUGGCUGUUGCACAGAGCUACUGUAUUUAAAUCAGCCAGCCAUGCAAACUCUCCAGAGUCAAGAAAAUCAGAGUCACUGUGAGAGUUGUUCUUUAGAUUAUACAAUGUAAAUGGCACCUUUUUACACAUAUUGUCCCGUUUUAAGGGGACAGAUGAAUGUGUCUUUUAGAAAGGCAGACUCCCUUCUUUUCUCCUCCUGGUGUGUGGGACAGGCUCCAACAGUACUUGAGCUUGAACAAACAGGCUAUUCACCCCAGGCAGCGAAGGACUGCGUGCUUGUCCGCCUGUUGCAUCUUUAGUGAGUGAGGAAGCUCUGACCGGGAACCACCGCAGGCCACUUGCUCCUUGCAUAUCAGCCAUGCUUUACUAAAACCACCUAUAGAAGAACUUGGACAUAAUAACCACGA